GGCUGGGCGGCGGGAACAGCGGACUCGGCGGCCGGCUCGGGAGAGCAUCCCUGCUUCGGCAGCGCCGAGGGGCCCACCUCAUCCAGCCCCUUCCCGGCGCAGGGUGUGUGUGUGUGCGUGUGGGGGGGCUUCCCUGUCGAGGCGCCCGUGUCCCCCCGGGCUCCCUGCCUCGGCCCCCUGCGGCCCCGAUGCCGAGGCAUGGAUAGAGCGGCGCUGCGCGCGGCGGCGGCGGCGGCGGCGGCGGCGAUGGGGGAGAAGAAGGAGGGCGGCGGCGGGGGCGCCGCGGCCGGCCGGGCGCUGCAGCAGUGCGGCCAGCUCCAGAAGCUCAUCGACAUCUCCAUCGGCAGCCUGCGCGGGCUGCGCACCAAAUGCGCCGUGUCCAACGACCUCACCCAGCAGGAGAUCCGGACCCUGGAGGCAAAGCUGGUGCGGUACAUCUGUAAGCAGCGGCAGUGCAAACUGAGUGUGGCCCCCAGUGACAGGACUGCAGAGCUCAACAGCUACCCACGAUUCAGCGACUGGCUAUACACCUUCAAUGUGAGGCCCGAGGUGGUGCAGGAGAUCCCCCGAGAACUCACACUGGACGUUCUGCUGGAGAUGGACGAAGCGAAGGCAAAGGAGACGCUGCGGCGCUCGGGGGCCAGUGCGGAAGAAUGUGGCCGCCUGCAGCAAGCCCUCACUUGCCUGCGGAAGGUGACAGGCCUGGGAGGAGAGCACAAGGAGGACGCAGGCUGGAGCUGCGUGGAUGCUCGGCGUGGAAGUGGCUCGGGGCCUUCUGUGGACACCCUGUCCCCUGCCAGCCUGCCCUGGCCCCCAGGGAAUGCCCAGCUGGGCAGAGUGGGCAACAGUGCCCAGGGCCCCCGCUCCGUCUCUGUCUCUGCUCUGCCCGCCUCCGACUCCCCAGCCCCGGGCCUUAGUGAGGGCUUCUCAGAUACCUGUAUCCCCCUGCAUGCCAGCGGUCGGCUGACACCCCGGGCCCUGCACAGCUUCAUCACACCCCCCACCACGCCCCAGCUGCGACGGCACGCCAAGCUGAAGCCACCUAGGACGCCCCCGCCACCCAGCCGAAAGGUCUUCCAGCUGCUGCCCGGCUUCCCCACACUCACCCGCAGCAAGUCCCACGAGUCCCAGCUGGGGAACCGCAUCGACGAGGUCUCCCCAAUGAGGUUGGAUCUCCAACAUGGAUCCCCACAGAUGGUACGAAGGGACAUCGGACUCUCGGUGACACACAGGUUCUCCACCAAGUCCUGGCUGUCGCAGGUCUGCCACGUGUGCCAGAAGAGCAUGAUGUUUGGAGUGAAGUGCAAGCAUUGCAGAUUGAAAUGUCACAACAAGUGUACAAAGGAAGCACCGGCCUGUAGAAUAUCCUUUCUUCCACUAGCAAGGCUCCGGAGGACAGAAUCUGUCCCCUCAGAUAUCAACAAUCCAGUGGAUAGAGCGGCUGAACCCCACUUUGGAACCCUCCCCAAGGCACUGACAAAGAAGGAGCAUCCUCCAGCCAUGAAUCACCUGGACUCCAGCAGCAACCCAUCCUCCACCACGUCCUCCACACCUUCUUCGCCAGCGCCCUUCCCGACCUCGUCGAACCCAUCCAGUGCCACCACUCCCCCCAACCCCUCACCUGGCCAACGGGACAGCAGGUUCAACUUCCCAGCUGCCUACUUCAUUCAUCAUAGACAGCAGUUUAUAUUUCCAGACAUUUCGGCCUUUCCACAAUCAGCCCCACUCCCCAGCACAGCUGACACUACUCGGCUCGAGGAGCCACCCAAAGCAGAUGUAUCAGAGGUACAUGAAGUGGAGGCUGAGGAGCCAGAAGGUGGCAAGUCAGAGGCAGAAGAUGAUGAGGAUGAAUUAGAUGACCUUCCCAGUUCCCGUCGACCCUGGCGGGGUCCCAUCUCUCGCAAGGCCAGUCAGACCAGCGUGUACCUGCAGGAGUGGGACAUCCCUUUUGAGCAGGUGGAGCUGGGCGAGCCCAUUGGGCAGGGCCGCUGGGGCCGAGUGCACCGGGGCCGAUGGCACGGCGAGGUGGCCAUCCGUCUCUUGGAGAUGGAUGGCCACAACCAGGAUCACCUGAAGCUGUUCAAGAAGGAGGUGAUGAACUACCGGCAGACACGGCAUGAGAACGUGGUACUCUUCAUGGGUGCCUGCAUGAACCCACCCCAACUGGCCAUCAUCACCAGCUUCUGCAAGGGGAGGACCUUACACUCCUUUGUAAGGGACCCCAAGACUUCUCUGGACAUAAACAAGACAAGGCAGAUCGCUCAGGAGAUCAUUAAGGGCAUGGGCUAUCUUCACGCCAAGGGCAUCGUGCACAAAGACCUUAAGUCUAAGAACGUCUUCUAUGACAAUGGCAAGGUGGUCAUCACAGACUUCGGGCUGUUUGGGAUCUCGGGUGUGUUCCGAGAGGAGCGGCGAGAGAAUCAACUGAAGCUGUCCCAUGACUGGCUGUGCUACCUGGCCCCUGAGAUCGUGCGGGAGAUGACCCCUGGGAAAGAUGAGGACCAACUGCCAUUUUCCAAAGCUGCUGAUGUCUAUGCAUUUGGGACUGUUUGGUAUGAGCUACAAGCAAGGGACUGGCCCUUUAAACACCAACCUGCAGAGGCCUUAAUCUGGCAGAUCGGGAGCGGAGAAGGAGUGAAGCGUAUCCUGGCCUCUGUCAGCCUGGGGAAGGAAGUCAGCGAGAUCCUGUCCGCCUGCUGGGCUUUUGACCUUCAGGAGAGACCCAGCUUCAGCCUACUGAUGGACAUGCUGGAGAAGCUGCCCAAGCUAAACCGGCGGCUCUCCCACCCCGGGCACUUCUGGAAGUCAGCUGAUCGCUGGCGGAGCCGCUACUACGGGAAAGGACGUUAUAACGGUCACCCUGACUUUAAGAACGCCUGUCCAGUUCUGGAGGAAUACAUGAACAGCAGUAAAGGGGUCCCCCGCUUUGAAAGGUUCGGCCUGGGUGCCCUGGAGUCCAGUAAUGCAAAGAUGUAGCCGCUGGGCCCCUUGUGCUGCCCAUUCUUUUCUUUUCCUAACUGUGUUUCUAAAACACACAAGCCACCACCAUGACAAAAAGUAAAAAUACUAAAAGCCACUCCAUCUGCCCAGCACUGCAAACCAGGACAGGAGACUCUAUUCAGGCUGUUCAUUACCAAGACACGUGGGGCCCGGAGACCGAGCCCCGCCUGCUGUUAAAGAUGGCCCCACACCAACCAGACCUGUCCCGACCGACAGCAAAUGUUUACACGAACGUUUCUGCCGAGCGAACUCAACGUUUUACAAUAGGUAAUAAUAAACAAUGUAUGCUUAUGUGCACUGGCAGUGUGGGAUGGCAGAGAUGGCCAUCCCCAUUGGAAGGAUCCUGUAGCAGAGCCUAAUGCUGCGUUGUGAUUGUGGUUUCUUUGGGCUGCAGAGCGGGGGAUAUGAGGUCUGACCUGGUCUUGCUUUGGCCCUAACUGCCCUGGGUUGGGAAUCUCCCUCUGAGAGAUUCUCCCUGCAUCCUAUCAGAGAGACACAGUUCCCUCAUCCCCCAGAGGAGACCCUGGCUAGAAACAGCUGGAUCACAAAGGGCAGGAGUUCUUGGAGAGCUGGAUUCACCUUCAAACCCCUGUAAUCCAGACUGCCCUUGCUGGAAAAGUAGAGACAGAAUCCUAGUGAUGCCUGAGGGUCUGGUGACUCCCACUCAGGGUUUCUACCACAAGGCAGAGAGAUAGCCAUGCAUUUUUAGAGCUCUCUUUCAUGAAGCUCCAGGCAGUCGCUAGAGCUGUGGGACUCAGGGCCUCCUCCCAGUGCCUGGCCCAAACAGCACUAGCCUGUAGGUGCACCUGCACUGAGAUGAGAACGGGGAAGAUGGUACAAAAAGACAGAAGUAGACAGCCAGCAGGUAUCUGAGGCCCCCCACCUCCCCCCAGGCUUCUCAGUGACUCUAGCGGACACUUUAGAAACCCAUUGUUAGCCAUGCUAGAAUGUUCCAGAACUACUCACCUCUUCUCAUUCACCUUAGCCCACCUCUGCUGCUUUCCCUGAGCUCAGAUACAGGCACUCUUUCCUCCAGACCCUCCUAGCAAGCCGCCUCUCUGCACAGCCUCCCGGGCAGUCUCAGGCCUUCUGUCUGUGUCCAUGCAAAGCAGCAGGAGGCUAGACUUGAGAGCCAGCUGGGCGUCACGUGACCUCUGCCGCCCCCACUAGAAACUGCCACCCACAGAAUAGAGUUCCCAAAGGCAGAGGGCCUCAAGUAGAGAUGAAGUUCAGUGGCCUCCACAGCCCGAAAGAAAAAAAAGUAAUGGAAGGGGAGUUGUGAUUGGAGUCAGGACCACAGGUUUGGGUUUCAAAUAAGGGCCCCCCCCACACCCCUUAUUUGGGACUAUGUGGCUCCAGCCUCUUCCAGUUCAACUCACCCAGCAAGUCCCAGUCUUCACAGCCUUCCCUACCAGCUGGGGUCCAGAUGUUCCUUAACUUAGCCCUCUGCUGAGAAUCUGUGGAGUUGCCUGUACUAGUAGAUAUGUGCACAUGCGUGUGCACAUGCACACACACACACACACACACACGGUCUUGGAGAGCACAGCUUACACAGUGCUAUAUGUACCCAGGGACAGUGGUGUCUUCACCCCAGGAGGUGUGGUAUUCCUCCCCUUUCCCAGACCCUGGGCCACCGUAGGGUCCCAGCAGACCCACAGGAAGGGAGUCCAGGUCUGGCUUUGUCUGGUGGCAGCCACAGCCAGCUCUCGCUGAGCCUCUGCAGCGUGUGUGGUCUUAUGCACGUGUUGGGAUCCAGAGACAGAUAGAAGUGGUCACAGUUCCACAUUCAGGAGCUGCCUGUCUUUCUAAGGGCCUAGUAUCUGCCAGAAACCCAGGGGCCACUUGGCUCCCAAUUUGGAACUGAGGUACUAGGAACCCUCCUCUACUCCCAGGCCUAGGCAACAACUCUAGCUGUCCCAACCACCUCUGCUCUGCCUGUCAUUUAAGGAUUCUCCACAAUGGUCCCUUCUCCCUUUUUUAUUUAAGCAACUGUGAAUUGAGGUGAGGAAGGUGUGCUGGGCCUUCUGUGUGCUUUCCCUGCCUGUCUCGGAGACACACGAAGGACAGCAGAUACUGUGAAUCCAGUCCCCGCGGCCCGCAGUGAAGGGGAUGGGAAAGGCCGGGGGCUGUGCCGCGGGGAAGACGGUGCUCCCCCUAGGGUGGAAGUAGAGCCCAAGCUUUGGCACCUCCGGCCUCACCUCUGAGACCUUUCACUCCCAGAGCUGCAGUCCCCCCAGGUUUCUCUGAUUGCUGUCUUGAAUCCUCGCUGGGUUCUUAGUGAACAGUAUAUAGCAGAGUGGAUCUCUCCAUGUCUCCAGUUUACUCUCUGCUGCCCCAUGGCAUUUUUUUCUCAUGGUCCGUUGAAGCCAGUGUUACUCUGUGGUGAUGGGGUGGGGCGGAGACCCCAGUGGAGAGCCGUGGGGAGCCUGCACUGUGCUGUAGCAUCGGUCGGGAUGUCAUCAGGGGCAUUCCUAGCGUCUUCUGUGGCCACCAGGCACACAUUGGCUUUUUGAAUGUGAUGUAAAAUUUGUACAGUAAAAGUUUUUAUAUUUUCUAUCCAUCGUGUUUGUCUUCCAGAAAUGCUUUAAUUUAAAUUAAAAUGGUUAGUAUUAA